CGAGGAGUUGGUUUCAGUGCCUGGCUGUUGUGGUUUUCACUGUUGUUUAAGGACGAGCCGAGAGUAAAUAUUAAUUUACCGUGAUUAGAAAACAACAAGAAAACCAAAGUCUGUGUUCACUGAAUCUUCUGAGGAGACAAAAAAGGAGGAGAGCGAGAAAGAAAAAGGAGACACGAAAGAAGAGGAGGAGGGCGGGAGGAGAAAAUUGGAACUGUGAAUGGAAAACGCUCCGGAUUUGACUGGAAAAGAUGUCCAGUGCUACAAUGGAAGCAAACUCCAUCCUCCCAAUCCUCAAAAAGAAACUGGCAUUUCUCUCAGGGGGCAAAGACCGCCGCAGUGGUCUGAUUCUGUCCAUCCCUCUUAAUUCAGAUCAGACCAGUAUGGAGGAACUUGGCACCACACUGGACUAUCUGCUCAGUAUCCCCAGUGAGAAAUGUAAGGCUCGAGGUUUCACAGUUAUCGUGGAUGGGAGGAAAUCUCAGUGGAACAUUGUGAAGACUGUCGUCCUGAUGUUGCAGAACGUCAUCCCAGCAGAGGUGUCGCUCGUCUGCGUAGUGAAGCCAGAUGAAUUCUGGGAUAAGAAGGUCACUCACUUCUGCUUCUGGAAGGAGAAAGACCGUCUGGGCUUUGAGGUGAUCUUGGUUUCAGCCAACAAGCUGACUCGUUACAUUGAGCCCUCUCAAUUGACAGACGAUUUCGGAGGAAGUCUGGCCUAUGACCACAUUGACUGGUUCUGCAAGAGAUUGGUUUAUGAGAAGUUUACAAAGGAGUCGACGUUGCUGCUGGAUGAACUGUCAGUUAUCAACAACAGUGAAAAGAGUGCAGCUGUGGACAAAGACAAAUCCACAGACUGUUCUCUCUUGCCAUCCUGUGAUCCUGAGACUGUCCUUCAGGCAGGUCAUGAACUGUUGUCGGAGCUGCAGCAGCGCCGCUUUAACGGCUCAGAAGGAGGGAGUGGAGGACAGCAAGGUCCAACUUGGUGCCCCAUAGAGGAGGAGCUGUUGGCCCAGCCUCAGGUAAUGAAGCUGCUGGACUCUCUCAGGGAGCAGUACACCAAAUACCAGGAGCUCUGCAGGCAGCGAAAGAAGCGAGCACAGCUGGAUGAUAUUCACUCCAAGGUCAUGCAGGUGGUCAACUGGCUGCAGGGUCCUGGUUCAGAACUGCUGAAGUAUCAUCAAGCGAUCGGAGACUCUGUACGAGCAGCUCAAGCUCUCCAACAGAAACAUGAGGAGAUUGAGAGCCAGCACAGUGAGUGGUUUGUGAUGUAUGUGGAGUUGAACCAGCAGAUUGCUGCCCUGCUCAGUGCUGGGGAGGAGGAGGAAGUGAUGGAGCUGAAGGCUCUGCAGCAGCAGCUCAGUGACGUUUGCUACCAACAGGCAUCCCAGCUGGAGAGCCGUCAGAACGUGUUGCAGUCAGCGCAGACCUUCCACAGCACCACGCAGGAGUUGUCCCAGCAGUUGGAUGGUCUUCUGGGCAUGCUCUGUGCUGAUGUGUCUGUAGCUGACGGGGCUUCUAUUCAGCAAAACCUUAAGCUGCUUGAGGAGAAACUGCAGACUGUUGAAGCAGGCCUGACCUCCCUUCAACAGAAGGGGGCACUGUUGCUGGAGCAGAUGUGCAGCCACUCGUCCUGGUCCCUCGAGGGAACGGAGAGUCCUCCUGAAGAGCAGCAGGACAACGUUCAGCAUAUUCAGGCUGUGAUGGAGGAGAUGGAGCUCCGCAAGCAGAGGUGUGAGGACAUGGUGGAUGUGAGGAGGCUGAAGAUGCUGCAGAUGGUCCAGCUGUUUAAAUGUGAAGAAGACUCUUUACAGGCAUUGGAGUGGCUUGGUGAGCUGCUGGAUGCCUUGUUGAAGACUCAUGUCAAACUGGGAGAUGACUCUCAGGAGACGAGGACCUUGUUGGACAAACACAAGAAGUUUGUGGAUGUUGCUCAGAGCACAUAUGAUUAUGGACGUCAGCUUCUGCAGGCAACCAUUGUGCUCUGUCAGUCUCUGCGCUUCACAACUCGCUCGUCUGGCGACACUCUGCCACGACUCAACCGGGUGUGGAAGCAGUUCGGCGUCACAGCAGAUGAGCGACAGCGGCGGCUGGAGCUGGGUCUGAACUUUCACACAGUCACUGAAAAGGUCUUGCAGCAGGAACGUGUUGACAUGGAGUUGCUGGAUGAAGUUGACGCUUCAGGGAAAACUCUGCUCGACCGACUCAGCAUGUCUGUUGUCUUCCCCGAUGGGAGUGAACAGUUCUUUGGGAGCCCCAGCAACAAAGCAACAGCAGCAGAGGGCAUCAGAGAGCGCCUCCUGCUGGUUGAAGAGCGGCGACUGCUGCUGCAAGAGACGAGGCUUCAUAACAACCAGGAGGAAGAGGUGCUUAAUAACCUGGAGGAGAGGUUAGAUGUAAUUGGAGAAGAACUGAGUGAGAAAGAGGAGCAAGAUGAAGAGGAGAAAAGAGCAGAGCCACAGGAUGACGACCUGGGGAGGGCUACACAGGACUGCUAA